CCUGUGUUAAUAUCUAGCCGCGGGUGGUCUAGAGAGGAGAUCUCUUGACACCAACAUGGCGGACAAGAGACAGGUUAUGCAGUUUGCUGCUAAAAAGUUCAUAGAAUUUGUGAAUAAUGGCCCCUCUCCCUUUCAUGUGGUUAAUGAGUGUCGAAAAAGACUCCUAACUGCAGGAUUUCAGGAAUUGAGUGAGAGAGACCAUUGGGAUGUCAAGCCAUUAAACAAAUAUUUUGUCACAAGGAACCAGUCCACUAUAAUUGCGUUUGCAGUUGGUGGUAAUUACAAACCAGGAAAUGGAUUCUCCAUUGUUGGAGCUCACACUGACAGUCCUUGCCUCAAAGUCAAGCCCAACUCUAAAAAGAGUAAGUGUGGCUUCCACCAAGUGGGCGUAGAAUGCUAUGGUGGUGGCAUCUGGUCCACAUGGUUUGACCGGGACUUGACUGUUGCUGGAAGAGUUAUGAUCAAGAACAAUGGCAAACUGGAGCAACAUUUGAUUCAUGUGAAUAAACCCAUCCUUCGCAUCCCACACCUCGCUAUCCACCUACAGCGGGACAUAAACGACAAGUUUGGACCUAACAAGGAGAAUCAUCUGGUGCCUAUAUUAGCAACUUCUAUCCAAGAGCAAUUGAACAUGGAGACCUCUACUGAAGAAGCCAGUAAAAAUGGCACCACACUACGGGCUGACGCUCACCACCCCCUUCUUAUUCAACUUAUCCUGGAUAGCCUUGGCUUCACAUGCUCCAGGGAGCAGAUUAUGGACUUUGAGCUUUGCCUUGCAGAUUCCCAGCCAGCAGCUAUAGGAGGGGCACUUGAUGAGUUUAUUUUUGCUCCACGGCUGGACAACCUUUUGAAUGCCUACACUUCUCUAGAGGGACUAAUCUUGUCGCUCGAAGGCCCAACAAUCAAUUCAGAUCCAAAUAUUCGUCUUGUGUCCCUCUAUGAUAACGAAGAGGUUGGCUCAGAAAGUGCACAAGGAGCGGCCUCCAAACUAACAGAACUUGUGCUAAAAAGGCUAGCAACAGGUGGAUCACCAACGGCUUUCGAGGAAGCCAUUCCAAAAUCUCUGCUUGUCAGUGCAGAUCAGGCCCACGCUGCUCAUCCCAACUAUGUCGAAAAGCAUGAAGAGAACCACAGGCCAGGAUUCCACAAGGGCCCUGUGCUGAAGUAUAAUGGCAAUCAACGUUAUGCCACGACUGCUGUUACUGCAAGCGUGAUGCGUUUAGUUGCAGAAAAAGUUGAAUUGCCUUUACAGGAGGUGUGCGUCAGGAAUGAUUCACCUUGUGGGAGUACCAUUGGACCUAUUUUGGCUGCCAAACUUGGCCUGAGGACAGUUGAUAUUGGUGGACCCCAGCUUUCCAUGCAUUCAAUACGAGAAUUAUGCUGCGUUUCUAGCGUCUACCAGUGCAUGCACCUUUUCAAGGGUUUCUUCCAGCACUUUCCAGAGGUAGAUGCAUCACUAGUGAAUGAGUAGGUCAUAUUAAUUGCAGUGCAAUACAGUGCAAUGUUCAGUUGGUCGCAUUAUUACAUGAAGCUACAGUGGAAGGUAGAUGUGUGAGUGAAUGGAUAGUCCAGGGUGAUUGCUGUGCAAUACCUACGAUAUGACGAUUCCUAUGCUAGCUUACAGAAAUAAAAUAUCAAUUCAAAUUAAAUAACCUAGUAAUCAUAACACCUCAAUUUUGUCAUCCAUUUAUUUUGUAUUUGAAAAGAUACUGGCUACAACAAAUUUCAUUUUAAGUUUACCAGUAAACUUGGAGAGCACUUGUUAUCCAAAUAAAACUAUCUUUCAACCA